AAAGUGAAGAAUAAGAGAGAGAUGAUUGCAGGUGAAUUUAACAAACUGCACACACUGCUGAGAGAGGAGGAAAAGCUGCUUCUGCAGAGCCUGGAGGAGGAGGAGAGGGCGACUCUGCAGAGACUACAGGAAAAUGUCACCAAACUCUCCCAGCAAAGCUCCUCUCUGCAGCAGCUGAUCACAGAGAUAGAGGAGAAGUGUCAGCAACCAGUUGUCGAGCUGCUAAAGGAUGUGAAAAGCACAUUGAGCAGGAGUGAGAAUGUGAAACUCCAGGAACCAGAAGCUGUUUCUACUGACCUGAAGAACGUGUAUAAAAUUACCCUUGACAUGAGGGAAGCACUGAAGACAUUCGCAGGUGAGUGGAGUCUACUGGGACAUUCAGCUGUAUUGUGCCUGGGGAUCUGGACAGAGCCUGGGACCCCAGGACUCGCAUGUAUGCAGCUGACAUGCAUGGAGCUGUGUUAUAGCUGGAGGCUGGGCAGUUUGCCUGCUACUUACAGCCACCUGCUGGUACUUGCCCAGGUGUCUGACCAGGCCCCAUCACUCUGACAUCCUGACCCCUCCAUGGCUGAGUUAAUGGGUGUCACUGAGCCAGGUGCCGUGAGGCCUGGACUGGGCCCAUUGUGCUGGGUGCUGCACAGACUGGUAAAGGAUGAGGUGUCUGUGCCUCUCUCCUGGGACAUGUGAGGGCUGCAUGGUGUGGCCACCGCUCAGCACUGCCCCAGCCCCCAUUAGCCAAGGCUGGCUGAGCUUUCUGAGCUGGAGGAGGGGCUGUUCUGGCUGCUGUGGUCUGACUUGGGCCGUGUGUUACUGGGUAACAAGCUGAAUCCUACGGACCCCUCAUCUGGUCUGAGCACAGCCCAGUGUGAGGUUGGGUCAGUGGUUUGCUGCUCGUUUAGUGAGACUUACUCAUGAGAGUGUGACCCUGUCACAAUGUCUGAGCAUUGUUACCAGCUGUGCCUGUUACUUUGGGGUAUGCUCAUUUAUUAGGGUUACUCUUCUGGGGGCAAGGGGUUCUGUACUUCUAUCAAUGUGCUGCUUGUGUUCUCAUAUGGAGCUCUACUUCUCCCUUCUUCCCUCCCAAUGGAGCUAUCUUGCAUGACCUACGUUCCCCAGGGUUCG